AUGAGUCAACAAUUAUAUUGUAGAAAUUAUAAUCUAGAAAAUAAUACUCAAGUAUUGAUUUCUUCAGUUAAAACUGAAAAAUUAGAUGCAGACAAAAUAUAUACCGUUGUAGCAAAAAUGUAUCAAGAAGAAAUGUGCCCAUAUAUAUCUGAUGUUGCUCGAAGAGUGAAUGAUCAAUUACAAAUUGGGACUCCUUCAAACAAUGAUACUUAUUCAAUAAGAAAUUUAACAAUUACAGAUUGUUUUAAUAUUUGUACAUGUUAUCCAUCUGUUUUUAUAUUAAAUGAUAGUAAAUCAAAUUCAGUAUCAUGUAACAAUGAAAUUGUAAUUGAACUUGUUCAUCCACCAGCAAAAUUAUCAAAUAUAAAUUGUAUAAGAUUACACAAUAAUAAGAUGUGGGUUGACCCUAAAGAACCUCAAGAUAUUUAUCCUAAUGAAUUAUGGUAUUCAUUUAUACAAUAUACUUGUAAUCUAUUAAGAAUAAUUGAGCAUAAUCCUAGAAGUCAAGGUAAUACUUUAAAAACAUAUCAAUUUAAAGGUGGUAGAUAUGGUUUUGCAGUUGAGUUAUAUGAAAAAGCUUUACCAUUUCUUGAUGGAUAUUCAUUGGGAAGUAUAUGUCAUAUUGUACAACUUGCAAUUUGGAAAGGGAUUCUCCGAUAUGAAAAUAAUAUAUUACAACCUGCCGCAGCUUGUUGGGAUGUAUCAAGUGUAUGCACUUCUGGAUUUUUCAAUAAAUCUACAAUUGAUUCUAAUUCAUACAUGUUAAAAAAUUUUGAUUCUCACGAAUUAGUAUUAUUAAAAAAACAAUUGAAUGAACUUUUAAAUGCUAAUCCAAAUGGUGUUUUAUUAUCACAACUUAAAAAACGAAUGAUAGCAAGAUUUCAGCAUAAUUUAAGUCCUGCUUUAUUUAAAGUAUCAAAAAUGAGUUCAUUACUACAGAGUGAUUUAUAUAAGAAAAUUUGUAGGAUAUAUGUUGAUGAUAAAAAUCAUGUAGUAAUUCAAUCAGCAGCAUUUCUUAUGCCUACAAAUGUACAUGAUUUGUCACAAAUUAAGGGGGUACCUUUAUAUGCAAAUACAAAUAACAUAUCAUCGACAUUAAAUAAAGAUAUAUUGAGUCCCAUGGUUCAAGAAAUUCCCUUCACAUUUCUAGCUUGGGCAGUUAAUUUAUCAAACAUAUCAAGUAAUAGUGGUUUAUUGGAGACUGAUUAUUACAGAGAGUAUAAUAAUGGAUUAAAUAAAAGAAAUAAUAAAUUCAUAUCAAAUGAAUAUAAUAUGGAAAAUUCAUAUAAUAUUGGUGAAAUUCAAGAUAAUAAGAUGGGACAUCAAUUUAUUUCUCAAAAAAGAAGAAUUUCAUAUAGUUCUGUAUCAACUACAGCAUCAAUUUAUUCUUCAGGUUCAAGGAGAUUUAAUAGUGGUAUUAUUGAUAAAGUCCCCUAUUCAAAUAAGAAUUCUUGUUUAGUAAGUUCGAAUUGUGAUUCAAUCCCUCAGAUAACUACAUAUGGGCAAUGGUUUUCACAGUUAAUUCCACAUACAUUAUUACAUAUAUCUGUAUUUAAGCCAUUGACACCACAUCAAAUUCAGUUAUUUAGACUAAUUCAGCAAUCUGAUUCGCAGAAUGUAUCAAGUAAAAUCCAUAAUUCAACAGAUAUUGCUUAUGAGAAUGUAUAA